AUGGCUUCCUCUCAUUCUCUCUCGGGCAACAGUGAGGCUAAGGAGUCAGUAACUUAUGUAGAUCAUGCCACUAAAAAGGUGAAACAUAGGGAUUGCAGCAAUCCUUUCAUACAGGCUGAUGUUUCCUUCAAAGACAAAGUUUUGGGUUCUUCAGACAUGGAUCUUGACAUGAAUAAGGAGCUCCUUGCUGAAGCUGACUUUGAUGAUUUAGAGAUCUCUGUUGAUUCUUUGGGCUCUUUCCCUAUCAUAUCCUUCUUUGAUGGGGUGGAAAAUUUGCUUGUGAAACGAUGGUGCAAGGCUCUUAUCCUUCACCUCCUUGGACGUAAGAUUGGGUUCAAAGCCCUUCAUUCACGCUUGCAGGAGCUGUGGAGUGCUUCUUGUUUCAGUCUUUUGGAUCUGGGCAACGAUUACUUUUUAGUGAAUUUUUCUGAUAAUGAAGGUUAUCUCAGGGCGCUCUUUGAAGGACCAUGGAUUCCCAAUCGGGUAGGCAACUCUGUUGGCAAGCUGAUGAAAAUCGAUGAAAACACCCAGGUUACGUCACAAGGGAAGUACACCCGAAUGGCGGUGUUAAUAAACUUGAACAAGCCCUUAAUCUCUAAAGUGGAUAUACAAGGGAGGGUGCAAUUGAUUGAGUAUGAGAAUUCUCCAAGUGUCUGUUUUACAUGUGAUAAAGUCGGUCAUUCUUCUUCCUCCUGUGCUUCUAACCAAAGUGGUAAAGAUGAUGAGACGACCAGGAAGAAGGAAGAUCGGAAUAUACUAGCCCAGCCGGACUCAGCGUUCGGCGAGUGGAUGCUGGGGGCUAAACGGACAAGGAAAAACCAGGCAAGGAAAGUCCUAAAUUCGUCUAAUCAAGGAGUGAAGAGUGGGUCAAGAUAUGAUAUUCUGGGCAAUACUUCGAUUGCAGAUAACGAGCACGCAAACCUUGAGCCUUUAGUGAAAUCCCGUGGUAAGCGAAAGGAGAAUAUUUUGGUUCCAAGUGCCAGCUCGCAAGGAUUGUCGCGCACUGGGGAGGAUAUUCACGAGAAGUCAAAAGGUAAGGAGCCUAUGAUUGUUUCAUGCUUAAACAGGAAGGAAUCUUUAGGCCCACGUGACUCUAUGCAAGAAUCCCAUGCAAUGAUGAAUGGAGGAGCCCAAAACCUCUUAUCCUCAACCCACAGUAGACUGCUUGAUUCGGCUCAACAGCUUAGGCCCCUCUUAUCUAAUCCCUCUGAUGCUCGCAUGAUUCUAGGUCAAGAGGGUGAAGUGAACGAGUCUAUUGAUGAGGAUAAUGAUAGUGCUUUUAAAGAGGAACCUUUUAUGGAUCCCUAUCUUCAGGAUUAA